UUGGGUAACCUGGCACGUUUUGCCGCUUUCAAGAUUGGGGUUAGGAGUUUGUAUCGCAGCGCUGGUAGUAAAGUUGUUUUCUUUAAUUUACCACUACCGUUAAAUUUUACAAUGCAUAAUCUAGAAUUUUCUAAAAACUCCCCUCUUAAAAUAGGGACUCACAAUCAAGUUUUUCAUUGUGACGAAGUUUUAGCUUGUUAUAUGUUAUUGCAACUCAAAGAAUUUUCUAAUAGUAUAAUUGUUAGAACAAGAGAUGAAUCGCUUCUUAAAGACUGUGAUAUUGUAGUAGAUGUAGGUGGUGUUUAUGAUAAGACUAUUCACAGAUACGACCAUCACCAGCGCGAAUUCAAAGAAACUUUUAGUUCGCUGCGACCAGAAUUUGGCCAACAGUGGACUGUGCGUUUGAGUUCUGCUGGAUUAAUUUAUGUGCAUUUUGGAGAGGAAAUAAUAAAUUCAAUCUAUAAAAAAAACACAGGUGGCAGUUUGUCCGAAGAAGCUUUAAAAGUAAUAUAUCUUAAGGUAUAUGAGAAUUUUAUUCAAGAAAUUGAUGGCAUCGAUAAUGGAGUUCCAAUGUAUGCAGGAGAACCACUUUAUACAAUAUCUACAAACUUAAGCUAUCGGGUUGCUAAUUUCAACCCAACCUGGAACUCAACGGAAAAUAUUCCUGAAGAUGAAUUAUUUAAAAAUGCUAUGGCAUAUGCGGGAAAGGAACUGGAAGAUCGGAUUUUGUAUUACACAAAUUCCUGGUGGCCCGCACGCAAAUUAGUAGAAGAUUGUUUACUUGAAAGAUCUCAAAUUGAUCCCUCUGGACAAAUUAUGGAACUUAGGCCAAUUCCUUGGAAAGAUCAUUUAUUUGAUUUAGAGAAAGAGCAAAAAAUUGAAGGAGUUUUAAAAUAUGUAAUAUUUCAAAGUAAUGAUAAUUGGAGAGUUCAGGCUGUACCUGUGCAACCAAAAAGUUUUGUUUUGAGAAAACCUCUUCACCCAAAAUGGUGGGGAGUUAGAAAUGAUAAAUUGGAAGAAAUUUCUGGAAUCCCUGAUACUGUCUUUUGUCAUGCUAGUGGAUUUAUAGGUGGAAAUAAAACUAGAGAAGGAGCUUUAAAAAUGGCAUUAGAAAGUCUAGCGGCUUCCUAAAAAAUUAU